UGUGGGUUUAUAUCACAGGAACAGAGAUUUAAAUCUUUUAGUUUCAUGACUUCCGUUAAAUCUCCUGAGACAUUCGAUCCGUGAAAGAGAUAAAGACGGUGCGCAUACCGAAAUUGCUGGAUAUUUCCUUUUAAAAAAAAUAGUAUUUGCGGUUCUUCUUUAGUUUUUUUUAUGAUUAUUUCCCGGGUGAAGAAAUUUAUGUGACUGUUCAGCUUUGAUAAAUGCCACUGGCGUAUCUCGUGCAAAGGAGUUCAGAAAUACCAUUCUUUUAACGGCAACAAGAUAAAAAGAAAAUCAAAUUUUUUAAUCAAAUAAGAUACGCUGUAACGUUGACUUUUUCCCUUUGAAUAAUCUUUUGUGUGAUUCGAUUGGUUUAUUUUAUUUCUUUCCGCGAGAAUUUACACCUAUAAUGUCUACCUACAACUGUUCUGACCCUGUGUCAAUUUCAAAUGGAUAUUACGUAGUGGACAAAAGUUACUACGAAAACGGGGACCAGGUUUAUUUCAUCUGUAAUUCCGACUACAGUUUGAGCGGGAACCCCUUACUGACGUGCGAUGGGACGACAGGGAAUUGGUCAGGAAAUUAUCCUUCAUGUUCCUCCACCACGACCACGUCAACGACCACGACACCAGCUAAUGAAGAGUGGGUGUAUGUGGGAGUGGGACUGAUUUCUUUCCUAGGACUUCUGUUCCUAUUGAUAAUACUCCUGCUAUUAAUCAAAGUCUGUUAUCGCCUCUGCAGAAAAUGGUCGAGAGUGAGCGCGCUGCAUGGGAUUGACGAACAGGUCGAGGUGGGAUGUUGCUUCGCUUGCUGCAACAGAUGUUGUCUGAAAUGUUGCAAGUGUUGUCAAGACGACAGCAACAUCAUCAAAGUGAAAACGAGACCAAAGGUGAAAAAACCGAAACAGAUUCCAAAAGAAACUUACAUCUCGCCGCCUCCUGCAUCGGUCAUUUCCGAGGACAGGGCGGAGUCUACCGCUCCAGCGCCCAGGAUAGAGGUCAAACCGGCCAAAGAGAUCGCCGUCUGGAAACCGCACUCCCAUCCGGUCCGGAAGAUAAACACCAGCACUAAAUAGAGAACAUGGACGCCAUCUUUAGCGUCAUUGAUCUGUUGACCCCGUACGUUAUCUCGUAAACUUCGUGUGUUUAUUCCACACGUGAUCUCACACACCAUUGCUUUUAUAUUCAUGUGGACAUGAAAUACAUAUCGCACGUGCACGGGACAACGGCAAACGCCUUCAGCGAAAAUCUACCUACCUUUCUUGUGACGUUCCGUUCUGAACAAUUAAAACAAACAAGCCAUUUUACUCCCUACUUUGUCUUUCAUGUAAACGUAGAAUUUUAGUGAUGACGUCAGUGACGUACUUUCAUUGAUAUAUGCAUGCACGUACUGUAUGAAUAUGAGUUUUAUAUUUAUAUAUUUAAAUAUUCAUCAGUUAUGGUUCUUGUGUUGUAUUAUGUACAUAUUAAUUUUCUAUUUAAAAUAUUCAAUAUUCAUCAGUUACAGAUCUUGUAUUGCACAUG